AUGGCCACUCCCAGGCUACCUUUCUUAUAUCCAAACUGGAUGCGUGCCAUUCGUUCAUGUCAGCCGACCACUAAUCGCUCUUGCCGACCCUUUGCCUCGCGCCAUAGAUUUCAUACCAGCUGCCGCCGCCACCAGCAGUCCUAUCAUCGCCGCUAUGGACCGGCCGUGGAUCCAAAUAUCCCUCCUCCACGGCGACCCGGAGAAGCUCCGUUAAAGCAGGAUGGGGAAUAUACACCUGUCAACCCAGAUGUGACAGACCAGCCCGAACUGGGGGCUUCGGAUUCCCCGCCAGAGCAGGCCGAGCCGCAAGCGCAAGCGAAAGAGUCACAGCCGGAUGAUCAGCAAGACCCUGUUGCUGAUGAUGCUGCUGCCUCAAAAGAGGAGACCGAUGAUGCAGAGGCCUCUGCAUCUUCAAUGUCAUCGGCCAAGGAUGUCGGGGAGGAGAUGUCACAAAUGCCUCCAUACAUGAACCAAAGUGCCUUUGAAGAAGUCUUCCACAUGCCAUCUCCUUCGAAUUAUUUGGCCCCAACGGGGCCCUUUGAGUCGGAAAGCAAAGCGCCCCAUCUGUCUCCUGCCCCUUAUGUGCACCACUUCGAUACAUAUUCGCUGGUUCUCGAUCUUUCAAAGGGCGGUUACACCAACGAGCAGGCAAUCACGAUCAUGAAAGCUGUACGAACUAUUUUGCAGGGUAAUCUCGACUACGCCAAGCGAAGCCUGACUUCCAAGUCGGACGUCGAAAAUGAGUCAUACUUGUUUAAGGCUGCUUGUUCAGAGCUCCAGCAGUCAUUGCAAAGUGCACGUAACUCUGAAGUGCAGAGACAACGUGCUUCACGGACGCAGUUGGAGCAUGAAGCAGACAUUCUGUCUCAACGUCUCAAUCAGGAGCUCGCUGGAAUGAAGGAUGAAAUCAAGGGCAUGUUCAAUGAUCACAAGAUGUCCACGCGAGAACAGCAGAGAACGAUCGACACUUCAGUUCAGGAAUUGAACUACAAGAUCACAGUGUCACUCAACAGUGACGGUAAGAGCGAGAUUGAGAGCCUGCGAUGGAUCUUGACCAGACGUGCUGCUUUGACCCUUGCCACUUGUGCUCUCAUGAUUAUCCUCUUCCUCAAGUACUCUUCUACCCGCAAGGUUCCCGACUCUCCCAAGGUCGAGAUGGUCGAGAAGCCAGUCGACAAAGAAGUGACCAAGGAGAUUCAAGUCACCCACGACAUCGGAACCCAGACAGAGUUGCCACCUGAAGCCCACCUCGGUGAAUCCCUCGGCUGA